AUUUCGGCCGCCGCACACCUCAAUCAUACAGACGAAUUCGUCCCCGCCGCGCAGUUGAACGAUGCCGUCGGAAAGCAAUGGAGGAGUCUCGCGUAUUGCGCCCGCAUCUCAAGAGCAUUCUCCGCACCGGCAUUGCGCUUGCUCUGGCGAGAACUCCCGUCGCUGAUCCCGUUGCUCUCCCUUGGUCUGUCCCUUGUCGAGGACGAUGACAUAUGGUUGCCAGGGAGGGCCGCCCAACCGCAAGGGCUGCAACGUCUCAAUCAUUUUGCGGCACUCGUUCGACGCGUUAGCCUCCCUGCUUCGGAGGACGUAGAUUCCACAGUGUUAUUUCACCUAUCCCGAGCCAACCUGAAUCAGCCGCUUCUUCCGAUGGUCGAUGGGAUCAAGUGCACGGCCUCACCUCAGCUCGAUAUGAUCAUACUGUUGCUCGCGGGGCAUAGUCUCCGUGAGCUCAUAAUCACUACUGGGGCACCAUGGACCUCGGGGAUGACACCGGGACUGCAGUCCCUUUGCGUGUACGACACGAGCACAGAUGGUCUUAGGAAUAAACUACGUUCGCUACGCCUGGAGUUCCGGUCGUACGAACAUUGGUCCAGCGCCUUCUUCCAAGCGUUAGCCAAGCUGGACCAUCUCUCCGAUCUCGCUUACCCUCGACGACUACAGAACUGGAGACACCCGAUGCAGGAAGGUUCGCUGGUCAUCGCCAUCAUGGACAUGGCAGCCUUUGGCUCUCUGGCGAAGGUCAUGCCUCCUAUCCGAUUGGAGUACCUUGACGUCGUCCACGCUUUCGCGGACAGCUUCACGGAGGUUCACAGCCAUCUUGACGAGUUCUUCACCACAUGCGCUGACACAUUGUCUACCGUCAAGCUGGGCGUGUAUUCGGAGAACGGGCACCGCCGCGGCGCCGCCCCCUUCCCUGUGUUCAAUAUCCUCCGGCCCCUUGUACGACUGCAUUGCCUGCAGGUCUGCACGAUCUCCGUCUCGAGGACCCUCGCCUUCACAGAUCGUGACCUGCGCAAUGUUCGAGGGGUCUGGCCACACCUACAACACCCACGUAGCGCAGGCACAGCACCUUCUUUCGACGACAUCGUCGACUUCCUCUGGGAGUGCCCUCGGCUCACGAUGUUCAAGCUCUCAGCUAUAUGCAUUGAUGGGACGCCCCAGUCUUGUACGAACCUCGAGGCCCUACCCCCGAGUCUUGUAGUCGAGGACGCACACAUUCGGGACCCUAUGGCGUUUGCAGACGUUCUCCGCGGUCUGUUCCCAGCGGUUCGCAUUGCAGAGGUUUUGAACAGUGCGCCUAGCAAAUGGGGCAUAGUCUUGUCGAGACUUAGGGAUACCAAUAAGCCCACGGAUCUUUGAGCGCCGCAGCGUGGUCGCCAUUCCUGCAUAGUACGACGCUGGUCUUUACUUCACGUUUCUUGCAAUCUGCUGUCAGUGCCUGGCUGUUCAAAUGUUUCCCGAGUUACUUACGUCCGUUGCACUACUUACGCUGCUUCUAACUUACUAACUGACGCACUUAGCAUCAUGUGAUUGCGUUUAUUACUUACUACUUGUCUUGUCGACUAGCAGAAUCGUUGGCUACGUCCUGCCAUACAAUGUUCUACACUCAUAUUGUUGACCAAUGCUGCGCAGCGGAAAGGAGUUUGGGAGAACAUCACAGUCAUGUCCCGAUGCAGUGGCAGCAGCCAGGCCCUGCUGGCUGCCAUUCGGACGUCCUGAGACUUCCUCGCGUUGCACUCCCGUUACUUAUGCGACAUUAUUACAGUACUAUUAACUCGAAAC